AUGGCGACUGUAACCAUAGGCAAAUCCUAUUUCGAAGCUCUCCUACGAAGAGCCGAAUUUGUCAGUAGAAUCCAGGAUACCAGCUGUGCACCUGGUCUGCAUGGCGAAGCUGACUUCCAUCGCCAGCAUACUUCUAAUCAGCAUGUCAAUUAUGGCACUGAUCUUUCCAACAACGUCACCAUCAGUAAAGCAGAGCAUGAGUUCAUGAGCGCCUUGUUUCGCGGUGGCCUGAGCGCCGAGACCUUGGAGACGCUGCUUCAAGGCGAGAAUGGAGCUACGAGCGAAGCGCCGUCAAUCUACGAUUACGACUCGGAGCACAUAACUGCCAGAUCAGGAGCCGGUACUGGAGUAGGCAAUGCAUCCACUCGUUAUAUGCAAGGCUCGGACAACACUGCUGUCAGCUACGGUCUACAGUCCAAGGCAUGCCCACAAUCAGUUCCGCGAGUCGCCAGUUAUGGCGAGCACGAGUCUUUCAUGGCUGGCCCGGAUAGUCCAGCAGAUGACGAUGACGAUGACGAUGACGAUGACGAAAAAUACCAAGAACACGCUCAGCGUAUCCCACUUCACGACCAGCGAACUGUAUUAAUCACUAAUCUGUCCGAGCGCACUACCCACAAGGACUUGGCAAGUAUCGUUCGCGGUGGAAGACUCCUAGACAUAUUCCUCCGCAACGAUCGCUCAGCUACCAUUUCGUUUGGGGAAGGAGCUGCAGAGUUUCUCGCUUAUGCCAAACGCAACGACAUCUAUCUCCACAUGAAACGGCUCGAGUUUCGCUGGAACGAUAGACAAUUCCACGUUCCACCGCAUGUGUCCAACAAGAUCGCUAACGGAGCUACACGAAACUUGGUUGUGCGAUGUAUUGCAGGAAAGGUCACUGCAGAUCAGAUCCGAGAUCAUCUUGACCACAUCCACAACCUGGUUGUUGUGGACAUCUAUUUCCAGAAAGGCGAUGCAUAUAUAUCGACCAAUUCCGUCCACAACGCUCUAUUUGCGAGGACUUGCAUGAUGUCGCGUACUACCUACAAGGGCACCCGUAUUGAGUACUAUCCGGAUGAAUGCGCAGAAGCGCUGCCCAGGCCCACGAAGACUCAGAAUCCGGUGUCACGUGCGCCGGUGAAGCCUAUGCCUGUGGUCAACCAGUAUGCUCUUUUGGACACCGGAUCGGAUGAUGAUUCUCAGUCGGACGAGGAAUCGUACAUGACCAACGGUGUAAAAGUCGAUGGUUACCACUGGGCUGACAGCGUGGUAGCAUAAGCGACUCGCAUGAGGACGCCUGACCCGAUGCGGCUCGCUGUACUCGAUAAGGUCGCCAACGUAGUGCAGUAUGCUCAGUUGAGGUUUCUCCCAUGGAACAUUCCUGAUUUUACCACCACUGCUGGUCGAGUGCUAUCCUUAAAGGCAUGAGAUAGGCACUCAUGGCCGCCCGAAUAAUGAUAAUGGUGGAGAGACGGAUUCCUCCAAGACCCAGAACACAGCCUUUUAUUCUCCUAGCACUGAUAUGGGAUUUGGGGAACCUGUGUUAUACAGGUCCGAAGAGUUGAUACAAGCUUCAUGUUACAAGACGUUACCUUGAGUACGCUUAUUUCCUACAUAGAUACCCCUCGGCUUCCGUAGCAUACUCUGAAACAUGAACAUUUUACUAUUA